CUCGUACUAGCAACCUCAAUACACUGGCAGUAUGUUUAUCCAUAUCGUAUAGGAAGGGAAGAGAAGCCCUCGUUUUCUACCGUUGAUCGGAAAACGUCGAAUCACAUAUGCAACAUGCAGCCUAUGCGUCUGGGUGUUACCCUAUGCGAUGAGCUGCUUCGGAUAGCCUGCAUGCAUGACGAAAAAAAUAAUAAAAGAGUACGAAAAAAUAAGCAGUGAUAUUUGGGUGAAAAGUUUAAUAAAUCAGCCGUGAAAUAAUCUUGCCCACACAAUAUGGCUACCGUUAUCCCCCCACCAUCCAAGAAGCAAAAGCGUGAAGACCAAAAGGAAAGACAACUUGAUCUCAUCCCAGAAGAUUUGCCAAAUGUGUUGAUCAAGUUCCAGGCUUCCGAUACUGGUGAAUCCAUCGGUGGCUCGAUCAGAGUCCCAGGUGGUAUCACCGAAAAGCAGUUAGAGCAAUUGUUGAACCAGUUGCAUGGUGAUAGCGAAGACCCUGUUCCAUACCAGUUUUCGCUUUUGAACCAGAAGGAUGGUGAAACGGACUCCUCCUUGGUGGACAUUAGAGACAACAUAUACGCGUCCGUGUUGAAGCCGGGCAUCAAGACCACCGAAGACUUUAUGACCUUGGUGUAUACCCCAAGAGCGGUUUUCAAAGUCAAGCCCAUCACCAGAUCGUGUGCCGCGAUUGCCGGACACGGUUCCACUAUUUUGGCUGCUCAGUUUGCUCCACACACCUCCGGUAAAAUGGUCACCGGUGCCGGUGAUUCUACCGCCCGUAUCUGGGACUGUUUGACUUCCACUCCCAUGCACACUUUGUCUGGUCAUACCAACUGGGUUUUAUGUGUCAGUUGGUCUCCAGAUGGCUCCGUUAUCGCCACCGGUUCCAUGGACAACACCGUCAGACUCUGGGAAGCCGACAAGGGUAAACCAUUGGGUGAGGCUUUGAGGGGUCACUCCAAGUGGAUCUCCUCCUUGUGCUGGGAGCCAAUCCACUUGGUCAAGCCAGGUGCAAAACCAAGACUCUGCUCCGGUUCCAAGGAUGGUACCAUCAAGAUCUGGGACACCACCAGAAGAAUCCCUCUCUUCACCAUGAGUGGCCACACCUCUGCUAUCUCCUGCGUGAAGUGGAGUGGCAGCGGUACCAUCUACUCCGCUUCCCACGAUAAGACCAUCAAAGCCUGGGACGGCAAUGACGGUAGAUGCGUACAGACCUUGAAGUCGCAUGCCCACUGGGUUAACCAUUUGGCUCUCUCCACCGACCACGUCUUGAGAAUGGGUGCCUUUGACCAUACCGGUGAAAAGCCAGCCACUCCCGAAGAAGCUCAGAAGAAGGCCUUGGCCAACUACGAGAAGGUUGCCAAGCUCAAUGGUCACAUUUCUGAAAGAAUGGUGACCGCUUCGGAUGACUUCACCAUGUACUUGUGGGAGCCUCUCAAGUCCUCCAAGCCAAUCUGCAGAAUGACCGGUCACCAGAAGUUGGUUAACCACGUCUCCUUCUCUCCAGACGGCAGGUACAUUGUGUCUGCCUCUUUCGAUAACUCCAUCAAGUUGUGGGAUGGUAGAGACGGCAAGUUCAUCGCCACCUUCAGAGGUCAUGUUGCCCCAGUCUACCAAACCUCUUGGUCCUCUGAUUGCAGAUUGUUAGUGUCGUGCUCCAAGGACACUACAUUGAAGGUCUGGGAUGUCAGAACCAAGAAGUUGUCCAUCGACUUGCCCGGCCACGAAGAUGAGGUCUACGCUGUCGACUGGAGUGUGGAUGGUAAGAGAGUUGCGAGUGCAGGGAAAGAUAAGAAGGUUAGAUUGUGGACACACUAAACUCUCGUUGCCACAAGAGGCUUAUAUAUUUGUAUAAUAGAAUUCGAAUAAUCGGAAACCAAAGCCUCUCACAUAGGAAGCACGUAGCCGAUAGGUCGAUCACAUUUGGAAGAACUAAGCAUAAACAUUACUCCUUGUAGGUCAGGGGCAUCAAUCUAGGUCAUACUAGAUGGCUAAUCCCGUUUACCGUGUAUUAAAUUGAAAUUGCGUGAGAAUUAUUAUCGUACAGGGCCUGGAACAGUGGAACAUCACUUGACAAAAUAUCUUUGUCUUCUCAUGGUUGAAGUGCCUUUUUAUAGCUGGGUCCUGGCUUCAUAGGUUAUGUGUACAAUAGCACGACAUUCCCUCCUGCGUAAUAUACCACACCAUGUGUAAUUUCUAGCAUGCCCCGAUACUGGAAAAAAAAAGUGGUGCAUGAAAGAAGCUGAUGAAGAU